GCCUUCCGUUCUACUGUUUUUGAGGUUCUCCCUGUUUCAGGAUUGCUAUGACGGUUAAGCUUCAAUAUAUUGUUUUCUCUACUAAACAAUGCAGACAUUCAAACGCAUAGCCGUCGGGGCUUUUCUCUGCCCCACACUCAACAAGAGGUUUAUCUUAUGUUCGUCCUUUGCUUGUUUCCAUUCAUUAUUGCCUGCAACUGUAGCGUCUGAGAGAGCUGGUGAUUUGCAAACCAAGGAGGUCGCUUCAUCCUUCAAGGAUUGGUUCAGAAGCAGAAACGAUGCCUUGCUUGAUCAUAUUUUCGAGAUCUUGUCUUCUCAAGCUGAUGACUUGGUCUCUCGAAGAUCUGCUGAAUCCACCCUCUCUUGCUUGGGACUGCGACUCUCGGAAGAAUUUGUUUUGAAGGUUUUGAAUCAUGGAAAGGACGUGUUAUCUUGUUUGAAGUUCUUUGACUGGGCUGGCCGCCAAUCUGGUUACCAUCACACCCGAGCGACAUUCAAUGCAAUUUUUAAAAUUUUGUCCAGAGCCAAAUUGAUGUCUAUUAUGAUAGAUUUCCUUGAGACCUAUACGAAUCAGCGGUACAUGCACAAGGUCAGAUUCUACGAUACGCUUGUGAUGGGAUACUCUGUCGCCGGGAAGCCUGAGAUUGCCCUUCAGCUGUUCGGUAGAAUGCGGUUUGUAGGGGUUGAUUUGGAUUCUUUUGCCUACCACGUGCUUCUGAAUGCGUUGGUGGAGGAGAACUUGUUUGAUGUGGUUGAAAUUGUUGCGAAGCAAAUCAAAAUGAGAGGCUUUGAGAGUGAGAUAACAUCUGGUAUAAUGGUGAAGAAUUUUGUUAAGCAGAAGAAGUUGGAAGAGGCGGAGGCUUUCAUCCGUGGGCUGGUCAGCAAUGGGGGUGCAGUAAAUGAAAAUGUGGUGUGCGUUGUUAUAGAUGCUCUCUGUAAACAGAAUAAGUUUGAGGAGGCUAGUCGAUUGAUGGAUGAGUUUAAGGAAAUUGGAAAGUUCUCAAUGAAGCACAUUUAUGAUGUAUGGGUUAGAGAUCUUGUUCAAGCUGGGAAAGUGGAUGGGGCUAUGGAAUUCGUACGGUCUAUGAAGUUAGCAGAAGGAUACUUUCCUGACCUGUUCCGUUAUAAUAUUUUGAUUUGCAAGCUUUUGAGGGAAAACAGGCUUGAGGAAGCAUGUGAUUUGUUGAUGGAGAUGAAGGAAGGAAAGAUUUCACCUGAUAAGGUUACCAUGAAUGCAGCCUUGUGUUUUUUUUGUAAGGCUGGAAUGGUGGAUGUUGCACUUGACUUGUAUAAUUCGAGGAAAGAAUUUGGUCUUUCUCCAAAUAGCAUGGCUUACAAUUAUCUUAUUAAUACCCUCUGUGGGGAUGGCAGUGUUGAUGAGGCAUAUCGGGUAUUGAAGAAUUCUAUUGAGCAAGGUUACUUCCCUGGCAGAAAGACCUUUUCUAUUCUUGCAGAUGCUUUGUGCAGGGAGGGCAAGUUGGAUAAGAUGAAGGAGCUUCUUGUUGUGGCCUUGGAGCAGAAUGUUGUGCCAAAUGAUGCAUUAUAUGAUAAAUUUAUAUCAGCUCUGUGCAAGGCCAAGAGGGUAGAAGAUGGUUACUUAAUACACGGGGAACUUCACAAAUUAGAUAAAGUUGCAACCAGAAAAACUUACAUUAAUUUGAUCAGUGGUUUUAACAAAUCAAGCAGGGGGGAUAUAGCUAAGAGACUCUUGAUUGAAAUGCAAGAAAGUGGUCACACACCAAGUAGGAGUUUAUACAGAUCUGUUAUUCGUUGCCUAUGUGAUGCAGAGAAUCCUGAAAACCAGUUCCUCAAACUGCUUGAGAUGCAGUUGUCUCAUCAUGAAGCCGAAAGUCGGGAUUACAACUUCUUUAUUGAUGGGGCUGGCCAUGCUAAAAAACCUGAUCUGGCAAGGAAAGCAUUUGAGAUGAUGGUAAGAAGUGGAGUGAAACCCAAUUUGAGUUCUGAUAUUCUAAUGCUGCAGAGUUAUCUAAAGAGUGAGCGGAUUUCCGAUGCUCUGAAUUUCUUUGGUGAUUUAUGCAAGAGAAGAAAGGCUGGUAGAAAGUUCUACCAUACAGUGAUUGCUGGUCUUUGUAAUGCAAACAAGCCAGAUAUAGCACUAGAGCUCUUGAGGGAGAUGAAGGAAAAGGAAUUGGUUCCCAGUAUCCAAUGUUAUGAGGAGCUUGUUCAAUCAUUGUGCUCAAAUAAGAAUUAUGAUAUGGUGGUAAAGAUUAUUGACGACUUGCAGAAAUCUGGUCGUCAUGUUUCUUCCUUUAUCGGGAACAUACUUUUGUUACAUUCUUUGAGGAGUCGAGAACUUUAUGAGGCUUGGGUUCGGUCAGGUGGUGUGCUAGGAGAUGAAUCUUUGUCUGGCUGUUUGACACUAGGCGAGCUAGUUGGUGCAUUUUCUGGUCGCAUCAGAGUCAAUGGAAAUAUUGAGAACUUGGAAGAAGUGAUAGGACAGUGCUUUCCGCUAGACCUCUUCACAUACAAUAUGUUAUUGAGAAGAUUAAGCACGAAUGAGACGAUGGACUAUGCCUACGAUGUGUUUAAUAGGAUACACGAUAAAGGAUAUGAACCCAACCGUUGGACUUACGACAUUUUAGUACAUGGUUUAUUCAAACAUGGUAGGACCAACGAGGCUAAGAGGUGGUUAAAUGAAAUGAUCCAGAAGGGCUUUGACCCAACUGAUCGUACAAGACAACUUAUAUAAUGCAGGUUUUUCCAGAAGCUUGAGUUGCUGCUUGGAAGGUGCAAGUCUUUGGUGACUUUAUAUUUCCAUUUUGGCACCAGAAUAGCCUGUUUUGGUGGAGUCUAUAACUCAAACGUUGUGCUAACAGGUUUGAACCUGAAACAGGUCACUCAAUAAGGGCCCUUACAGAAUUUGGAUAAUUUAUCAGGGCACUUUAAUUUACUAUAUCUUCCUCCUAUCAUCACUUGGUAAUGAAGUAAAAUUUAAAUAGCUGUCUGGAAUGUCAGAAGGGGUAUGGAACAUGUGGACUAUCUAAAUUCUUGCUGCAGUUCAUUCAGAAUAUGUCAAUUUUUUAA